AUGAGAAUAAUUUUAUCGUUUCUGACACUUUUCUUAGUAAACACAUCAAAUCAAUAUUGCAAUGUACAUAAUAAAGGAGUCAAUUCAGGAUUGGCUAAUUAACUUGCUCAUUCACUAAAUCAAAUCAGAAAUUAAGUUGCAACUGGUUAAAUAAGCUUUGAAGGAUCACAAUCAGCAUCAAAUAUGAAUGUUAUUCAUUGGAGUAAUGGAUAUGCAAAAAUGGCUUAAACAUGUGUUGAAAAAUGCCCACUUAAAGCUUCCACUUGUGGCUAAGUAAUAAAUCAUAUCAUUAAUAGUUUUAAAAUUAUGGAGUACUUUUUUUUAAGAGACACCUUAAUUAACAAAUGAGAACUAAUUAAGUUAUGGAAAAGUGGUUAAAAGAACCUGAAAAUGCUAAAUAAUUACUUACAGCCAGAUCAAGUGCUUUUGGAUGUGGAAAAGCUGAAGAUAAUGCUUCGGAAUAUAUAGUUUGUUAUUUCGAUGAGGUAAAAAUAAUUAUAUUAUUAUCUCUAUAGAAAUACACUGGUGCAAAAUAAGCAUUCUUAGCAGGACCUGUAGGAGCUAGUUGUAAAUUAGGUCGUUCUAAAAUGUAUAGUGGUCUCUGUGCUACUGCAUCAUCAUAAACUUUGAUCCAUUAAUCUUCACAUAUCAAAAAUAAGAAAUAAAAAAAAUAAAAAAAAUAAAAAUCACACAAAAAUAAGAAAACUAUUGAUAAAGAUAUUGCUUUUAUUGCUAUGACAGAUUUUAAUGAAUUUGUUUGA